AUGGCUGGGGCUGGACUCCCACGUAAACUGUGGGCAGUUGAUUUGGCUGUGAUGGUGCUUGUGCUAUUUGCUAUGGCACAGCAGUCCGUGCAGCUGAGCUUGCGACACCCUUUAUAUGGGAUUGUCAAUAGAAUCAAUGAAAAUGCAGUGUCUUAUUUAGGCAUUGUUGUGACUUCCUCUGCAAGCGAAGACGCUCUUCUUAAUUCUGGUUUCUUUGUUCCAAGCACUCAUGUGCCGUACAUUGACUUUGUCGGAAGAAGAUUCAACAUUGGAAAGAUUAAGGAUGCUGAUGUGGUAAUUGUUAAUGUCGGUGGUGAAAUUCCAAAUGUGGUUCUAGGCACCCAAGUUCUGUUCGAUUUAAUUAGUAUCCAUGGAAUCAUCCAUCUUGGGAGUGCUGGAAGUAUUAGUGAUUCAUUGUACCUUGGUGAUGUUGCUGUUCCAGCGUCUGUUGCGUUCACAGGAAAUUGGGAAUGGAAGAGCAACGAGUCCAAGAGAGGGAAACUCAAAUUUGGAGACUUCAAUCUUCCACAGAAAGGAGCCAAUUCUUUGGGAAGUGCAGACUUUCAGAAAGUAAAACUGUACACUGCCGGGAGCGCAUCACAGAACCUUUUGUGGCUUCCUGUCGACUCAAACUGGCUUACGAUUGCUUCUGAGCUGCAGGGUUUGAAGUUACAAGAGUGUGUAAAUGAGAUAAAUGAGACGAAUUGCUUAGAAAACACACCGGAAAUCGUCUUUGGAGUAAAGGGUUCCACUGCAGAUGUUUACCUUAAAAAUGCAGCAUAUGCCCAAUUCCUUUCCCAAAGACUUAAUGCCACGUUUGUGGAUACAUCGAGUGCUGCUGUUGCUUUGGCAUCUUUGACAAAUGGAGUGCCUUACAUUGUGUUCCGUGCUAUUUCGAAUUUAGUAAUUGAAGGAAAAUCAGACUCCAACUCUCGUUAUUUGGCCAACGCCAAUUCUGUCAAAGUUGCUGUCAAGUUCAUUGAGUUAGUUAGUAAGCCGGGCCCAGCUGGAAAGAGGUCUGGUAGGUCGGUGGUCGACAAGAAAGAGAGGCACUGGCAUGGAAAGCUCGGUAUGUGGGAGCUUACGGAUGAAAGGAGGCCGACAAGUUAG